AUGAACCCAGCGCGGGGUGGAAAGGUUAAACAAAAGCAUAUCGGGGGCGCUGGUUUGACCUCGGAACAUCAACAUUCAAUGUUCAACAUUCACAUCUCAUACCCACAUGCGGCAUGCGACCUCCCCAUAACCCAAUUUACCAUCAUCUUGACGCAUAACUCGAACUUCUCUGAGUUAGUUGAUCAUCCAUCCCGUGUCUGGAGAUCUCCUUCUCCUCAACUUGAAAAUGUCCUCCAUGGCUCACGCAUGGUUCCUCAGAAUCGUUGUGCCUGUUUACGCAGGAUACUUCGCAAUCAAUUGCUCAUCGGCCAUUGGAGCUGCCUGCCCGUUGAUCCGCCUACCCGUGUCUGCCCACUACCGAUUCUUGAUCAGAUAGCUCUUGAAACCGAUCUGCCCAUUCUUCCAGCCGCUCUUAUUGAUGCAUACAACCGAUCCGACAUGCUCAUGAUAUUCCGAUGA